CAGAAUCUUGUCUAUUGUUGUGAUUUGACGUCACGAGAGUGGACGUCAUCUUGAAUAAAAUUCUUAUUUUUAUUAUUUAUUUUGUUAAAUUAAACACGUAACUAGUACGAUAAUAAGUGUUUCCAAACGUAUAGCUAAAAUAUUAGGCAACCUUGUGAUGAGUUUAAUAGUUGUUUAUUGUGUUUGUAUCGAGUGAAGGUGACGCUUUGUGAGGUGAUGUAAUUUAGGUGAUUGGGUGGCUUCCUAGUUCUAGGCAGUACAAUGGAGGAAUCUUCAUUCACGAUCCCGGCCGACGACAAUGGUGAUACUGAGCUCGACCCUAGAAUCCAGGUGGAAUUGGAGAAGCUGAACGCUGCCACUGAUGAGAUCAACAAGCUUGAGCUGGAACUAGAUGAGUCGAUGAAAACAUUCCAUUUGCUGCUGAACGAGACGUCGCGCCGGCUGCAGGCUCUGUCCAAACGGCUGGGCACUUGCGUGGACAAGUCGCGGCCGUACUACGACGCUGUGGGUGUCGCGGCUAACGCCAGAUCUGACUGUCAGAAGGCUGCUGUCCAGUACCAGAGGGCUAGUGAACUGCAUGCAGCCGCCAAGGAGACGGUGACCCUAGCCGAGCAGCGGUUCGUCAGCAAACAGGAUGAGUGGCAGUUCGACAGUAACUGGCAGGAAGUGCUCAACCAUGCCAUCAUCAAGGUUAUGGAUGCUGAGAAAAGGAAAGCGGAAAGUGGACGUGAACAUCAGAAAAAAGCGGCCGCGUACAUCACUGCUGAAAGAAAGGUGGCAACACUAGAAGAGAAUCUAAAACGAAACAUCAUAAAAUCCCGCCUAUAUUUCGAAGAGAAGAAGCUAUGUGACGAGCAAUUGCAAACGCAGAACGAGAAGAUUGAUAAAUUGCAGCGGUUGAUAGCCGACGCUAAGUACCGCUACUCCAAAUCCUUGAAGGCACUCGAAGAAAUCUCCGAAGAGAUCCACAGACGCAGAGGAGAGUAUCCACCAGGAAAAGACAGCAUUCCCGUAGGACCACGAGAGCCAGGCGUGGGCGCAGAAAGAGAUCCAGUACACGAUGAAAUAAAAACUGACAAGGACGAAGAGUCGAACCUACAGGAGUUGAGGAUGCGUGUGAGGGAGCUAGCUUUGAAGCCGAUAGACAAAGACAUCGAAACGGAUGAGGCCUGGGCUUUAGAGCUGAACGAGACCAUCAAUAAGCUGGAUCAACUGUUGAUGAUGAAAGAGAACAACCAGCAGAAGAGAUCGAAAUUCACGGCAAGCUCACCGAGGAACUCAAGCGCACCUUCCACCAGUACAAAUGCUGGUAAUAAGUACCAACCACCAAGCGACACUUGGAAUAAUGAUAGCAAUUUAAACAGAACCAAAUCGAUCAGUCGUGAAGUUGUUUAUGAGCAUACUAACCCACCGAUAACUAAGUCAGAGAAAUCUAAAAGUAUGAUGUCCCUUGAUGUUUUGGCUUUAGCCAGAGAUACCAAUAUUAUGGACAGGGAAUCUUAUUUAAAGGCAGUUAUAGAGGACAAGUCUCCCACAGGAACUUAUACAGAGAGUAAUUCUGACAGAAACGAGAGUCCAGACGAGAUACUAAUGGUGGAAUGUGAUUCCAGUGAUUCCACGCAAAAUCCUGUAAUCAGAAUGACAAGCUCUACAGUUUCGGAUAGUGACAACAGUUAAAUUUGUCGAUAGGGGCGUUUGCAUGAUCAUUUUACAUCUAUCGGAUUAUAUUAUUUUGUUUAUUGAUAAAUACUAAUUGGAUAGAUUCCUUGGUCAGUGACAAUUUAUAAAAAAAUUGGUCAUUAUAAUUGUUUUUAAUGAUUGACGAAAUAAAAAAAAUAUUUAAAAUGAUCGUGUAAAGACACAAUAACAGCGUCGUAUUUGGUGACAAAAAAUCGUUUUGUUUCAAUUUUUAAAUGUUAGGUGUUUUAUAUAAAAUAGAAAAGUAAUAAAAAUAAUAAAAUUAAAUUUCGUAA